UUAGUAAAAUUAAAUUUCAAAAUCAUUUUAGUGGACACUCUCCUAAAACAGAGUACUUUACUUUUCAAAUUGGCGCCUAAACGCCAACAAUAUGGCCGAAGGUCAAAUAAAAUAGCUGGUGAAACUUCAAAGGCACCGCCGGUUUUGUCCUUUCUGGUUAUUCUGUGACCCGGCGUACAACACGAACUGUGACGUGAGAUGAUGGAGUAUGGUGAUAUAAACAAAUCACGCAACAAAACAUAAACGCUCAACAAAAUAGGUUUUGAGUUGCAGACAAAAUUUAUUAAAAACUCCCGUAAAUAACAGAUAUAAAUGCGAGCUAUUUCCUGGGAAAUUUUUAUUAAGAAAUUUACUUUCUAACUGAAUACCGUAAAAUAUAAAAAUGAGAAGUCCAAUUAUUGAAUUUUACACUGGAAAAACCGUGUUUGUAACGGGAGCAACGGGUUUUAUGGGAAAAGUUCUUUUAGAAAAGUUAAUCAGAAGUGUACCCGAUAUUAAGAAAAUCUACAUUUUAUUGCGACCAAAAAAAGGAUACAACCCCGAACUAAGAGUUAAACAAUUAGCUGACAGCCCCAUAUUUACCUUUAAUAAUUUAAAUGCAAAAGCCAACGCAAAAAUUGAAGCGAUUUGCGGCGAUAUAACCAAAGAAGGUUUUGAUAUGUCCAUAAAUGAUAGGGAAAAAUUAAUUGAUGAAGUAUCCGUUGUGUUUCACUUUGCCGCUUCCGUUCGAAUGAACCUUUCAUUAAAAGAAGCUGUUAUUACAAAUACUAAAUCAACUUAUGAGUUGUUUAAAUUUUGUAUGAACUUGAAAAAUUUGCAAUCGGUUGUUCAUUUAUCCACGGCUUAUUGCAACGUUGAAAUUGAGAAUAUGGAGGAGAAAGUGUACCCCAUUGACGUUGAUCCAUACAAGAUUAUCGAUAUGGUGGAGUGGAUGGAUGAAAAGUGCUUAAAUGGUAUUACUAAAAGGUUAUUAGGUCCUCAUCCAAAUACUUAUACGUUCACUAAACGACUUGCUGAAAUGAUCGCCGUUGAUAUGGGUGAUAAAGUACCAUUAAUAAUAACGAGACCAUCUAUUGUUGUCCCUUCUUUGUCUGAACCAACGCCUGGUUGGGUGGAUAAUUUUUAUGGUCCCAUGGGAAUAUUUAUAGCGGGUGGAAUGGGAAUUUUGAAAUCAUGUUUAGUGGAUGGCGAAGCUAUACCGGAAAUGAUUCCGGUGGAUUUCGCUAUAAAUAGCGUAAUAUGUUGUGGAUACCAGAGAGCAAAGACCAAUUAUUUAACAACGCCUACAAUAAACAUAACUAACAGAUUUCCUUAUACUUGGCGUUAUAUAGUGGAUUCAUUUAUGGAAGUUACGUAUAAAGAACCAUUAAAACAUAGUCUUUGGUAUCCCGAAGUAUACUUUACAAAAUCUUAUUUUGUAUUCAUGAUUGCUUCUUUUUUCUUUCAACUAAUUCCGGCGUUGUUGGUCGACUUCCUAUUAAUCAUGUUCCUACAGAAACCUUUCUUGGUUUCCAUUCAAAAACGUCUAAUUUUAUCGUUUCAAACUUUGAGGCACUUUACAGUGAGAAAAUGGACAUUUGAUAAUAGCAAUUGCAUUAAAGUAGAAGAAAAACUAGAUAAAGCUGAUAAGGAAAUAUUUUACGGUGUAAUAACUAAAGAUUUUGAGUUAAAGGAAUACGCUGUUAACAGUUACAAUGCAGAAGAGUAAGAAAUAUUUGGUAAACGAGGAUUCGAAGAACAUUGAGCUGUACCGCUCACGGAACAAAAUAUUUUACUUUCUGAAUCUCUUACUUAAAUUAUAUUGGUUAUACAUGGCGUUAAAAUGGUGUUAUGUAUUUCUUAACUAUUGGUUCUAAAUAAUAUUUAAAUUGUUUAAAAAUAAUAAAAAAGUUCGAAUUUUA